AUGGGUCGGCUCGACCGGAGUGAUACCACGGCCUCACUGAAUACCGGCGUGAAACAACUCACAGCGUUGUGUUUCGCCGUAUUACCAAUCACGCUUCUGUUCUGCGGGGCAGUUGGGUUAGUGCUCGCAUACUCCGGACCUGAUCUACCGCCUGGUCCAUACUGUGGACGCACUGGGGAGUGCUGUAAAGACAGGCAGGAUAGCUGCUCACAUAGGAUUCUAGAUAGCAAAUGUUACUGCGACCAGUUCUGCAACAGAACCCAAGGCCACGAUGACUGUUGCCCAGACUACCCACAGGUCUGUCUUGGAGUCACCCCCCCUCCAGAAUAUAAUACAAUGGGCUGCAGAUACGCGCGCAAGAUCUAUGUCCCUGGUGACACUGUCAACCAAGACUGUCAUGUUUGCGAAUGCACGGUGGUCCCUGGAGGUGGAAGCGAAUGGAAGUGCGACGAGGACCCUUGUAUGAUGAGUGAUGAGGUGUUGAGGAACGUCAGACAAGCUGGCCUGUCCUGGAGAGCUGCCAACUACACACAGUUUCAGGGCAAGAAACUUAAAGAUGGACUCAUUUAUAAACUCGGAACCCUGCCAUUGAGCCGUGAGACCGCCCGCCUAGGACCCAUCAACAUUGACAAGGACAUUCCCUACCCACCACAGUUCGAUGCUAGGCAGCACUGGAAGAACUACAUCUCUCCUGUCGUGGACCAGGGCUGGUGUGGAUCCGACUGGGCAGUUUCGCUAGCUACUAUUGUUUCUGAUAGGUAA